AUGAAAGGUGCUCCGAAUGUGUCGACAGCGGCUAGAAUCGCUACAACCGCUGUAGAGGCAACUGUCGGAGACAAAAGAAAUGCAACUGUUGCUGUUUCCACAGUAUGUUACUUUAUUUCGGUCUCGAGCUUUUGUCCCACACUAUAUUUUCGAAGAUUAUACUUAAGUAAUACUACCUGAAGUGGUCGCAUUUAGAAUGUCUAAAAAGAGUGUAGUGGCAAUUCCACGUGUAUGAACGAACUUCGGACUGACGUCACCGCUUAGUUUGAUAUUCAACCAAAAUGAGCUAUAAUCCAACGAGACUACGACUAUUUCAGUCAUUUCAAGCGUUUUCACGGAUUUGGAAAUAAGAUUGUAUACCAAUCAAGUUUAUCACGUUUGACACAAUUUUCAACUUUAGGGGGUGUGGAUCGGUAUCGUUGGGUUCUUUGCCUUUUACUGCUGCUUUUACAUUUGCUGCUGCCUGCUUUCAAUAUUUUGCGACAUCAGCGGUACGUUUUUUAAGGCUAAAAGUGCCUCAACGUUGUCAGACGACGUCGAUGUCUGUCUCUUUUCAGCUAGUCGAGUGAAACGGCGAAACAAGAGCCUCGAAAGUACGAACAAUAACGAUGGAUCCGGAGAUUCAGCAAAAACAUCGAAAAAAAUUUCACUGAGCCGCAAGAGCUCCAAAACCAUGACUGCUUCGAGAAAGACGAGCAAGUCUGUAGAAGUCGUGAGGGCGGAAGGCGGCUCCGAAGCGAUUCUCGACCCUUCUGAAGUCAUCGUUGAUCCCUCCCGAAGUUUAGUUGGCGUCCCUCCACGCUUCACGUCGACUCCUAUUCGUUUCUAA